AUGCCUCUUCCAAACUUGGCCGAGAUGCAUCGCUUGUGGGGGGGCGACCUACGCGCGCGAACCGUUUCAUUCUCGCCAGCAAACGUUCUUCUCUUGCGCUGCCACGUCCUUACCAAGACUUCCGGUCCCUUCCACGAGCCAUCAGCGCCAGAUCCCCAACAAGCCGGCUGCCGUCCGACACGUCGCCAGGAGCCAUUGUCCACUGUCUCUUCCAUCGACGCCGAUCCACCUUGCUACUCGCCUCGAGACAAAGCGGCAUCCUUUGAACUCGCAUCGCCUCUUCACAUGCCAUACAGCUCGCUCGGCUCGCCAUCUUCGCAGAAAAUGGAAGCCAGUCGCCGUGAUAUGUACACUGGCCGCAAACCGAGAUUCAGUUGUGGUCAGAUCAUCGGCGACCCGUUCGCCCUUGCGACUUCUUCGAUAGCAAUCAUCCAUGGCCAAUAUCCCAACUACUCGUGGUGGGCUCUUGUAUACAUGUUCUUCUGCAUCAUUGGAGUCCUUGUCACAGUCGCUUCUGACUCGGUCUUUACCUACCAUGUCGCUAUCGUCGGCUUCCUAGCUGCUGGUCUCGUCUUUACAACAUCCUCGGUCAACUCCUUGGUCUACUCGUCCGACGGCGCACAUGAAGCAGCUGCCGCCGGCUUCAUCCUUCUCUCAAUGGUCGCCGUACGCCUCAACUCCCCUCUCAACGAUUACCGCAACGUGAUCGAUUCCUUUGCCCUCCACAGAGACAGUCGCGUGCCAUCGCGCAUCUCUCGCCAGCCUCAGCACAACGGCUACCGUCCCGAGACCUCGGUCUCGCAGCAACCACAAAUGUAUACAUCAGCCCAGCUCAGUGGCUUCGAGACAUCAUCGCCCGUCACUGGUUUCCCCGGAGGAGCUUUGGGAGCAAUGGACAGUAACCGUGACAGCGGUGCUCGCUAUGGCCAGUCAAACACUCUGGCCCCUCUAUCAGCAGCAGCAGACCGACCCAACUCCACUGCCGCAGCUCCAGCAGAAUACCCAUACCGCGCAAAGGCCAUAUACAGCUACGAGGCCAACCCCGACGAUGCCAACGAAAUCAGCUUCUCGAAACACGAAGUCUUGGAGAUUAGCGAUGUUAGCGGAAGAUGGUGGCAGGCCAAGAAAGAGAACGGCGACACCGGCAUCGCACCAAGCAACUACCUCAUCUUGUUGUAG